AGAGUGUGACAAGCGAGUCGGCAGAGCAGAGGGGGAGUGUUUGUGAGCGCGCGCUUGCGUGUAUGAGCGAGCCUUUGAGUCCUUUCUUGAAAAUGGCGUCGUCUUGACUAAAUAACUGGAAAUAUUCGGUUUUUUUUAUCGCGAGCGUUUUUAGCGUUUAUGCAAAGAUUUGAGGCGUUGCGUUAGACCGUUACGUGUUUUUUAAGGAACUUUACGAAUUUUAAAAGCCAACAACCACUUUUGUUUCUGGCGAGGAUGUUACACCCUAUGUUUUUAUGCGUUUUCGGGACGCAACAGCUGACUAAAACCAAGCGCUUCGUAGACUGCUAUUUAUAGAUUCCUACUAUCUCACCUUUUUGUGGCAAUGCAGUACGUGAACAGAACGUGAAGAGGAAACGGUACAAUCAGCACGUGUCGUAUGUCUCAUGGGUGUAAUAGGGAAAGGCAUCAGAAUUCGACGUGCAGUGUGUCUACGAGCAUAAGCCUCGUUGCUGUUUCUGCUACGAAGGACAAUAGACAUCGAGAGAGAUAUAUAUAUAAGAGGGCAAAAGAGGGGAGGGGAGGAAGAAACCGGAUUUUUUUGUGGUGGCGGUGGUUGGUGUAAUACUUCACCCCCCUCCAUAUCUACCCCCGCCUCCCCUCUGUAUCCUCCAUCUCCCCCUCCUCCUUCUCCUCCCUCCUCCUUCUCCUCCCUCCAUUCCUCUCCCCCUCUGUGCUGGUCCUAUUCUUGAGGACUUGCUUGUGAAACGGGAGAGAUAAACAGACAUUGAGCGCAGAGGAAAGGACACGGGGAGAGAUAGUGUGUUAGAAUUUAGAAAAUACCUCCCUCCCCUUUCCCCUGUCUAUCUCUCCAUCUUCAUCCCUUGUCUCUUCUUUAAUGGAUAGAAAUUAUCCUGGCACAGGAUUCGGUGAUCUGGGCGCUGGAACGGGAUGGAGUUACGAGAGAUCGGCGAAGGCAAGUUUGGUUUAUGGGAGCUCCAGAUCCUCCCAUCCAGACUCAGAACUCCUCCACCGGCAACCUUACGCCACACCGCACCCCCUGCAGGGAUAUGCAACAAAUCAUCAUCCUGGAAGUUCUGGACAGGGUGGGGCAUGGGGUGCAGGAAGGAGCUUAGGGCUCUCAGGCUUGUUUGAUACUGGGCUACAUCAUGCCAGUCCCUCAGGACCAGAUGCUUCAGUUAUGAAUUUGAUCUCUGCUUUGGAGUCCCGAGGUGCUCAGCCACCUCCCUCUGCCUCCUCCCUUCUCUCCCAGUUUCGCACCCCCUCAUGGCAAACUGCAAUGCAUACUCCAGCCCCUGCAGAGCUAUUCAUUUCUGGUGCAUUACCUGGCUCUGGCUCAUUUCCCUCUUCCUCUGCUCUGUCGGCAUAUCAGCACCCUGCAUCCUUCUCGGGGCGCUCCUUCCCUGGAGUGACCCCAUCGUUAUCUCUGCAGGACACACCUACCUUCAGUCCUACUUCUAAUGGUCUCCUGUCACCCCAUGAUCCGUUGCUACACAUCAAGACCCCUUCACAGUCAAGUCUUGGCUUUGACCGUCUUUUGUCCUCACAGAGUGGGGCUGCUUCUUAUAGAGGGUCACAAGAGCCUAGUGGUCCCCCACCACAGGCACCUGCAUCCUCUUCGACACGCCAUUUACCACCCCCUCAGUUUAACUUGCUUUCCUCACAGCUUCAAGAUCAAUCCUCCCAGCUCUAUAAUUCCUCUGUAUUUUCUUCCGCACCCCCACAACCUCCACAGUCCCAGGAAAGAGCAAUUCCCAGGCAAGACAGUGUAAUCAAGCAUUACCAGCGACCUUCUGCACAAUCUCAACUUUCUUCUUCCACACCUCAUCCGCUACAGCAUUACCUUAGUUGCAGUGCAUCAGGAUACCAGCAGAUAGCCCAUCAUCGGCAUGCAGGAGUAAACUGUAGCCCACUGGGUGAGCAGAGUCCAUCGGCUGACCCCAAACCCUCUCCCAGAUCAGAACAAAUUUACCGACCUAUCAUCCAGCCCCCGUACACCUCGUCCUCAGUGUCCUCAGCUGUUUCAGGUGGUGGUAUUGGGAAAACCGGAAAGAGUUCCAGCUCAAGUAGCGGCUAUUCUUCCUCCAGCUCUUCCUCAUCAAGAACCCCUCACACUCCACCUUCAGCUUCUUCUACAUCCUCUUCCUCGUCCUCAGCUUCUAAUGCUAAUGUCUCAUCCAGUACCUCCUCAGCACCCUCAAGGCAGCAGCCACCGCCUCAGUCAGCACCUCCACCCCCGCCACCUCCACCACCCGCAGUGUCAUCCUCUGCUACACAGCAGCAGCCACCCAAACCUUGCUUAUCUGCAUAUGGUUCUCCUGUUCCUCCUGUUAAACCAACAGCUGGACUUUCUGGUCAAACUCCACCACAACAACAGUCCUAUUCACCAAGCCAACCACCCCCUUCUCACCUGCCCCAGCCAUAUGGAGGAUUCAGUUCUCCACAGGCCCAGGAUCUUGGUUCCAGCCUUGGGGGAUCUGGAAAAGCGUAUGGCAGUCUUGGAGCAACAGGGCGUUCAUUUUCAGCAGAGGUUGUCUAUGGCUCUGAUUCAGGAUAUGGCUCUUUGCCACCAUCUCUUGGAGGGGCAGGAAGUCCUUCACUAGGCUAUGGUGGGACAGGACAUUCACCCGCACUAAUGGUUUCUGUAGGUGGUACCGGUACAACAAGCAGUACCACUGGUUCAGGGACGGGUAGUUCUGGGAGUGUGGGUGGUGGUUCAGGGGGUGGUGGUGGUGGAGGUAGUAGUAGUGUACCAAGUGGUGGUGGAGCAUCAUACCACCUCCCAGAUUCCAGCCCUUCGCCCUCAAGUAAUUCUGGAAUAAUCCGCCCAGGACUGCACUCCCCUGCCCCGACUCGUCCUGCACAAUCACCUGGAGGAAAUGGUGGGAACAAGUACCUAUCCUCAGUUCUCUCCCCAGCAUUCCUGGCUUCUCCACAAGGAUACUCAGACACGAGGGUACCACCCCAACAGCAAUCACAGUCUUAUCAUACAACACCACCAAAACCCAAGUCUGAUUCUGAUAUGCUUGGGGUAGAACGACCUCAAGAGGAAGAUGAAGAAGAUGAAGAUGAUUUUUUGAUCCAGCACUUACUGCACUCACAGAGUCCAGCCCCGAACCCCUCGCAGCACCAUUCUCAACAAUCUCAGCAGGUAACUGCACAACAACAGCAGUCUCAGUCCAUUCCUCAGAGUAGAGAUGGAGGAAAGGGUCUAUCCGCCUAUGAACUGAAGGCAUCUGAAGAACGAUACCAUCUGCAGAGUGUAAUUCGAACCAAUAAUACCACUAACAACGUGGCUUCAGUUGCUGCCGCCUCUUGUGGUCCAGGCACAGGUUUGGAAAACCAGUUAGAGAUGUCUCUGAAAAAACAGCAACAGACUAAGACUGACAGAGUGCACUCUGGAGCUGGUGCAAGUGGUGGUCGAAGUGCAGUUGAGUCACUGUCACACACUCACUCACACAGUCAACACCCAAACCAACAUGACUCCCUUAGUUCAGUUGUCCAUUAUGGUAGAGGAGAUCAUUACACUCAUCAGACACAUCAACAUCACCCUUCACACCCAUCACACUCACAACAUCCUCAACAUUCCCAGCACCCUCAUCCCCAUCCAAUGUCUCACUCGCAUAUGGAUCUUAAGAAAGCUCAGGAUCCUUCAGAAUUAGCCUACAUGCGAAAGACACCAGACUUGCAGCAGAGACAGACCCAGUCCUCUCUUGGUUUAAUGGAUUCUCCACCUGACCAGUCUCAGCAAACCUCUCAAGCUCACCUUCUCCAAUCUGUCCUUUCUCAUACCACUCGAAACAAAAUGGACAACCAACAGGCUUCUUCACAGCAACAACAACAACACUCAAUGAGUCAACAGGCAAUGAUUGGAGCAACUGGAGGAUUAGGUGCGGGCGGCUCUGGGGCAGUAGACACUCAGCCACAGACCUCUCAGCUUCAACUCCAGCUCCAGUCCCAAACUAUGGAUGCCCACUAUGGACGAGAGUCUCAGCGAAACCAAAACCAGACAAGUCAGAAUUCGGUUUCACCUCUAGACAUGCUAGAGAGAACUCUCUCCAGGACAAAUAGUCGAGAAGGGGCGGCGUCUUCUGAGAGAGUUGGUGGUGGAGAUGGGAGCACUAAUGAUCAUCACAGACAACAACAACAUAGGAUGUCCUCACACCAUCAGCCUCACCACCCUCAACAAUCAGCACCAGAGCUUCAUGACUUCUUGUCUGAGCCUGAUAUGAGCAUGUCAACCCCCUCUCAUUUGCACCAUAUGAGCUCACACCAUCCACCCCCUCAUGCCCACCAUCAGCCUCACCACCAACAUCCUCACCAGCACUCCCACCACAUGCAACCAUCUUCUGGACCUUCACAGUCCCAGACCCAGCCUAGGGAACAAGAACCACAGCUGGAUCAACUUAAAGAUCAUCAAUUUGACACAAGCAGUCCUGUGGGCAAAACGGCUCAGAACCAAGGGCAGAGCCAAGAGCAGCAACAGCGGUUUGUGCCACUGACCUCCAUUUGUUUCCCAGAUUCUCUACUCCAAGAUGAAGAUCGAUCCUUUUUCCCAGGAAUGGAGGAUAUGUUUUGUUCUGAAGAUUAUAAGACGAGCUGCGCUGGAGGAGGUGGAAGUUCAGCUCAAGGAGGUCAGGAAGGUGUGUCAGAGCAACGUGGAUCUGUACAAGAUGGAAUGGAUGCAGUUAAAACUACAGGUGGUGGAGGAGGUUCUUAUGAUAUUAUGGGUCACCAUGGUGAUCAGGGUUAUGGGCAGUAUUGUCACAAUUUGUCUGAAUCUGGCAAUGGUACUAUGCACUUAGAUCUGGACCCCUUGAAAUCCCACGAGCUCCCUUCCACUGUAAACACAGAACAGCUGGGCUUAAUCCAGUCUCAGGGUCCAGGUCUUGGAAUGGCCAGCACGGGACAUGGCGUGGAUGGAACUGGGAACAAAAUGAUGGGAUCUGUGGGGGCAAGUGGUGGUCCUGGAGCAGGCGGACUCACCUCACCCAUAUUUUGCUCCUCUAGACCUAAAAAGCUCUUGAAGACGAGCUCAUUUCACCUCCUUAAACAGCGUAAAGAUCCUAAUGCCCAGUCACAGGCUAAGAAGAAUUAUGCCCAGGAGUACGAGUUUGAGGAUGAUGAGGAUAAAGCAGAUGUUCCAGCCGACAUCCGCCUAAACAGCAGACGUCUCCCCGACCUGCUUCCUGAUCUUGUGUCCAGCUGCAGAAAGUCUGGAGGUGGUUCAGGAGUUGGAGGUUUGAGCCCAUUAAUGGGCGAUUUAGAUUUCUGCCACCCAUCAGGGUACCAAUCCCUUGGACCUCCACCACAGCUUCUCCCUCACGAUGGCCCAAAGAAAAGAGGGAGGAAACCCACCAAACCUAAACGUGAGGGUCCACCAAGACCCAGGGGUAGACCCCGAAUUCGGCCUCUGCCUGAGCCUCCAUAUUGCAGGAACGUGAUGGUACCUGCAGGAGAGAGUAAGAGGGGCCGUGGUCGAGGAAGAGGGCGUGGAAGAAAAGAUGAUCCUAUGCUUGAGAUGCACAGAGACAUGAACAAGGGGCAGAACUAUCAACAAGCAUCGCAUCUCCAGCAUCAACCACAGAUGCAACAGCAUAUGCACCACCAUCUACAACAGCAGCAGCACCAACCACAGCCACAACACAUGCAGCACCAACAACAGCACCUACACGUUCAACAACUGCAACAGCAACACCAUCAACAGCAACAUCAACAACUCACACAACAUCAGCCUCAAUAUCAAGAGCCGAUCAAACCAAUUAAGAUCAAGCUUCCUAUUCCUUCCAUGCCCUCGUCUGACUCCCUCCUGAGGACAGACUCCCUGUCUAGUACAGAUCCAGUUUUGUCUGAUGGUUCGGUAGGAUCUGCACCAUCUAUUGGUUUGAGCCCAGGGCCCACUACCAGUGCGGAUAUGAACAGAAUUGACAUAAAUCGAAAUGACAUGAACUGUGGUCAGGAAAAGAUGAAGCAAAAAUCCCAAGAGAUGUCUUGGGAGGGAGAAAUGGAUGAACAAAUGACCCCAGAGGCAUGGGCCACCAUGCAGAAACUCUCCAGCCCAACGGAGGAGAAGCCUUCAGAGCUAAAGUCUGGUUUCAUAAGUUCCUUUUUGGAUUUCUUGAAAACUGGAAAGAAGCAGUCAGGCCCCGAAGCUCCAUCCGGGCCGAACCCUGUGGACGGAUGCACCUCGACAGAUACCUCCUCAGUCAAGGGAGGCCUUCACCCAUUAUCUCCCCAACCUCCUCCUCCACCGCCCCCACCUCCACCCUUCGGGGAGAACGAAGGUGAAGGAAGCCUGGGUCUCAGUAACUGUCCGUCCCCCUGCAAACGACUCGAUGAGGAGCUGAAGAGGAACCUGGAGACCCUGCCGUCUUUCUCCUCAGAUGAGGAAGACUCCGUCAGUAAAAACCAGGACCUACAGAAGAGCAUAUCAUCAGCCAUUUCUGCCCUCUAUGACACGCCCCAUAGUCUUGCUGCGGUUCCACCUCCGCCCACACCGUCACCACCCACUCCACGGGAAGACACUCUUAACACGCCCCUGCCGCCCCCUCAACCCGAAUCUGUCUGUGAACCUGAGACGGAUGCACGCGGGUCACAGGAGCUGGAUUUACACUCACGACCUGGCUCGCGCGAAGAGACGCAUGUUCCUGGUGAAGAUGAGGACGAUCAGGAGGUGCGUAGAAAAAUGCAGCAGAAGGAAGAGCCAGAGACGAAACGUGCUCAGGAAGACAAUGAGUCGGAGGAGGAGAGGUCCAGAGAAAAAGAGAAAUCAGAUCAGAUAGAGGAGAAAAUGAAGAUAGAGUCUGAGUAUGAAAUGCUGGAUGCUCCCAAGGUUGAUGAAUCCCCAUCCGAACCUGCUCCUGCACCUCCUUCUCCUCCAUCCCUUUCUCCAUCUCCCCCAACCUCCUCCUCACCGUCCCCUCUGCCUCCUCCUCCUCUUUCCCUCCCCUCGCCUCUUCCAUCUCAAGAAGACGAGGAGAGUCUACAGCAGCAGCAACAACAGCCACUGCUUCACAAUUCCCUCCCCCUUAGUCCCUCUCCACCCACUCUCCCGUCUCCCUCCCCGCCUCCGCCCACACUGCCCCCCUCCACCACACCCCCACCGUCAUCCUCUCCUCCUCCCUCGGAAGAGCUGCCCCAGCCCUCCCCAGCCUCUCCCCCCACCCCCGAAGAUGCUCCCACCCCCCAGAUCACUUCAUUGCACCUAGCGAAGAAGCAGUCCAACGCGGCCAUCGUGGGAGAGAGUGAGGAUGAAGAUAGUGAGAGUGGAGGGGAGGGGAUUUUCAGAGAGAGAGAUGAAUUUGUGGUGCGCACCGAAGAUAUCGGUACACUUAAGCUGGCUCUGCAGACAGGGCGAGAACCUCCGCCAAUCUGGAGGGUCCAGAAAGCUCUGUUGCAAAAAUUUGCUCCUGAAAUCAAAGACGGACAACGACAGUUUUGUGCUACCAGUAAUUAUCUGGGCUACUUCGGAGACGCAAAGAUGCGCUACCAGCGCUUGUAUGUUAAAUUCUUGGAGAACGUGAAUAAAAAAGAUUACGUCAGAGUGUGCUCACGGAAACCCUGGCAUCGACCCAGCCUCACGCUGAGGCGCCAGUCUCUUCCAAAGCCACAACCUGUACGCAGCCUGACCCCACCCCGCGUGGAGCGAGAAGACAGAGAGAGGCAACGAGAGAAAGAACAACGGGAGAAGGAGAGAGAGAGGGAGCAGAUGGAGAAAUCUAGGAGAGAAAGGGAAAGAGAAAUCGAAAAGCAAAAAGAAAGGGAGAAAGAGAAACAAAGAGAUAGGGAAAGGGAAAAGGAGAAACAAAAGGAGAAGGAGAGGGAAAGAGAGAGACAAAAAGAGAAAGAGAAGGAAAAGCAACGGGAGAAGGAGAAGAAGCUUCAGGAGAGACAGGUUCAGGAGAAGUCAGAGAAGAGAGCUGCAGUCGUGGCGCGUGGGAGAGUCAAAGAGGAGAAGAGAGUUGGAGAGAAGAGGACUGAUAGGACCAGAAGCAAACCUGUGAAAGUGAAGGCAGAACCUCCACCCAAAAAGAGGAAGAAGUGGCUUAAAGAUGUGCCCUCCUCCUCUGAUUCAGACUCAUCUCCUGACCCGCCCAGUGAGGAUGAAGUGUCCAUUCGCAGUGGGAUGAAUAGUCGGGCCAUGAGAGAAAUGUUUCGUAGUUAUGUAGAGAUGCUGGUCAGCACUGCUCUGGACCCUGACAUGAUCCAAGCUCUGGAGGACACCAAUGACGAGCUUUAUCUCCCACCCAUGAGGAAGAUUGACAGUAUUCUCAAUGAACAGAAGCGAAGACUGCUCCGCAGGGUCAACAUGAGUGUCCAGCAUCAGGAGGCCCUCCACAUGUUCCCUCAGAUGACAGCAGACCCGCUGGACUCUGGAGUAGUGAAGGUGCACCUGGGCGGUGAGAGUUACAACCGCAAAACCCUCAACCGAGUCAAAAAGAGCCUUCCAAAACAACAGGACCUGAAGCUGUCGAGAGAAAACCUUCGAAUAUACAGCCUCUAUCACUCUCUCCAUCACUACAAAUAUCAUACCUUUCUGCACUGUAAAAAGGAGACGGACAGUAUCGAGCAGGCAGCAGAAGACCCAGGUCAGGAGGAGGUGGUUCAGCAGUGCAUGGCUAACCAAGGCUGGCUAGAGACUCUAUUCAACUCCUUCCUCGAACUGCUGACGCUCAGCACCAAGGCUUAAGACUCAGCGGUCAAAGCUCCAAGUGCGUGUCCCAUUUGGAGAGAGGAGGACUCUAAACAAAACCAGUGCAGAGCUCCGGGUUGCGGAAAAAUGAGAUUUUCCUUUGCAGAAUGUUUAAGAGCCAGUGGCGGAUGAAGAUGUUGCGUUUUAACAUAACAAAUGUUUUUGUAAAGCUUUUCAUUUCUCUCUCGUUCAUUAUGCGAUUGCUCCCCGCUAUGGGAACCACGGGGGGAUGACACGAAAACAAAAGUGAGAAUGUGUGAAGACUUUUGUCUGCACAGAGACAAGUAAAGAUAGUGCCAAAGGGAACAGGGUUGAAAUCUCACAGGUCAGUGUUUUGACGGAAGUGAGUUUUGAAUGCUAUGUUCCAUGCACACUCUUAUAUAUAAAUAUGUAUUAUGAACAAUUAUGAUUUGUAUUAUUUAUACAUGGACAUUUAUACAUGGUUAUCUCCCAAAGCUGGGGCAGUUUGCUUUUAUUAUUUUGAAUAAUAAUGCUCAUGUUUUAUGAGGGUGUAUAUGAAAUGGGCCACCCACGGUCUCCGAUUCUUCCUGUUCCUAAUACUGAAGGACCAGCGGACAGGAUAUGUACACAACAAUGGGGUCAGCAGUGUGUAGUUCCUUUUCGUCAAAAAAAAAUAGAGCAAAUGAAAAUGUAUUUAAACUAAAAUAAUGUGUUCUUUCUGUUGUUCUUUAAAAGAAAAUGCGGAAAAGGAGGCGUGUUCGUUCGUUUUCUCAAAGAAAACAUGGUGGAGAGGGAUGUAAUAGUUUUUCAAGUGUAAAACGUCUGUGUUUACUGUUUGUUUUUUUAUCUGUUGGUUGUUUACUAUGAUAAUUAUUGUUAUUAUUAUUAUUUUGGAGGUUUGCUUAUUUCUCUCUUCUGUAAAUAUUGUACAGUUGCUGCAGUCUCUACCUGUCCCUCAUCUGUACAUGAAUCCUCCUGUAUUUGACAAGCGCAAAUAAAAGAAAAGAAAAUGGAA